AUGAUGAUGAUGAAAGGAAGCAACCAAAUGAAUGCUCAAAGCGAGGGCGGCAACAACGGAGUGAGAGAAGAUGGAACGGUGUUGAAAAAGGGCUCGUGGACGACGGUGGAGGAUGCGUUGUUGACGGACUACGUGAGGGCUAACGGCGAAGGGAACUGGAAUUCGGUGCAAAAGAACACCGGGCUGGCCCGAUGUGGGAAGAAUUGUAGGCUUAGGUGGGCUAAUCAUUUAAGACCUAACUUGAAGAAAGGACAUUUUUCUCCACAAGAAAAAAGGAUGAUUAUUGAGUUGCAUCCUAAGAUAGGAAACAAGUGGGCUCGGAUGGCUACUCAGCUUCCGGAGAGAACUGACAAUGAAAUCAAGAAAUAUUGGAACACAAGAAUUAAGAGAAGGCAACGCCGGUCACUGUCUAGAUUGUUGCAUUAUUGUCAAAUCUGGGUUUACAGAUGUGUGAUGAGUAGAGGAAAUUGUUGA